AUGGAAAAUCUUGCUUGCUAUAGUCUGUCUGGUUACUUAUCACUUAAACCCCUCGGUGCUCUAAGUCUUGUUCUUCCAACUCGUCGUUAUUGGUGUGCAUUUAACGAAUCUCUUCAAACACUCGAAUUUUACCAAUCGGAACGGGAUUUUCUUGGAAAUAAAACACCUGUGGAAAGUAUAUCACUGCAUCGUGCGGCAAUUACACUAAGCACCAGUGAAGAACGUGUCUUUAUCAUUUUAACAAAUAACAAAGAAUAUCAUUUACGUGCGGAAAAUCAUGAAGCUUUAAUGAUUUGGUUACUUGGAUUGCAAACAAAACGUGAUUCAUGUAAUCCAUCAAAGAUGGCAACACUCAUGCCAGACACAGACACAACCAUCGAAAUUGACGAGGUUAUUAACAAUGACGAUGUUUGGCGAUCUUGUCGAGCGGAUAGUUUGACACGAAUGGAUUAUUGUCAGCCGAGAAUGUUUUUGACUGAACGACCAAAUUUGAGUGAUUUUUCCAGUGAAGAUGUUUUUAUAGAAAGACACCGACGCAAUUCGUUCAAUGAAACCAAUCCUCGAAAGAUGAGUUUAUCAUCAAACCCAGGUGCACAUCUAUGUGACACAUGUGCGUCGUCGUUAUGCUUACCCUGCCGUUCGACUUUGGCACGUCCGUUGGAUUCCAUUCGAGAAUCCACUCCGUAUCGAACUGGUUCAUCGAGCCAUUCAAUCGAAUCAUCCGAUUCCGCCUUUUGUGAUCAACGUUUAUUAGAUCUGAAUGAUGGUUUACAUCACCCGAGUACUUUACAAGAAACACUCUUAGCGUUGAAAUCUGAAUUGGCUUCGUUGAUAAAUAAAGAAAACGUUUACCAAACCAUAAUAAAAGAAAGAACAGACGUUAUUCGAAAACUUGAAAAGCAAUUAUCGGAUGUUCUACAAUCUCAAACAUUGUCGAGCAAACAACAGACAAUUUCGAAAUUGUUCCAAGAACGAAGUCGAGAGUCCAACAAUGAAUUGAAGUUUCUCCAUUGUGAAAUCACCAAAUUACAUCGAAUAAUUCGUGAUGAUGACGUGAAAAUACGGAAACUUGGAAAAAUCAUUCGUUCUCAACAAGCUCAACGUGAAAGUUUACAACGUGAUUAUAUUUAUCUCUUACAAAAUUCUCUUUCAACCGAAGACACUCGAUUAUUCGGGGGACUAAAACAUCGCGACCGAUUGAAAGAUUUGUUAACAGAAUGUCGAAAACGUGAUCCAUCACUACCACCAUUUGAUAGUUUGGAAGGAUCUGGAUUGUAUAUAGAUUCGUAUGGUUUCAAACAUGAGAAAAGCAAUGAAAACGAUCGUUUGCAAUAUAUUUGUGUAAAACUAACUCAUUUCUUCGAUUCCAAAGCACAUGGCACUGAUGAGCAUGCUUGGCGAUCGUUAUUAAAGAUACAUCAAACAAGUUCAACAGUGCCUAAAACAUUGAAAUAUCUCGUCCGACAAGGUGUACCGAAUCAUCUCCGAUCCGAAAUUUGGCAUGUUCUAAUCCAAAAGCAAGUGAAUAAUAUACGCAAAGAGAAAGGUUCAGCUUAUUAUCAUCAUCUCUCCCAUUUAUUGCCGAAUUCCGAUUUGGAUAAUAAAUUCGAAAAACAAAUCGCUCUAGAUCUUUAUCGAACAAUGCCGACUAAUAUUCGUUUUUCAAGCAAAGAUUCCGAUGGAAUACGUCAGCUGCGUCAAGUCUUGCAAGUCUUUUGUUUACAUAAUUCGACAAUUGGUUAUUGUCAAGGAAUGAAUUUCAUCGUCGCUGUCGCCCUUCUACUUCUCGAACCAGAAGAUGCAUUUUGGCUUUUAAUUGCCAUAACCGAAUGUCACCUCAAUAAUUACUAUGACAUUGGUCUCGUCGGUGCACAAGUUGAUCAGCUCGUACUGAAAGAUUUGAUUCAACAAAAUGCACCGGACAUCUACCAACAUUUCGAGAACAAUGAAGUGGAUAUCACUUCGUUAACAUUAAAUUGGUUCAUGGCGAUUUUCAUUGAUAGUGUACCAUUCGAGACCUUAUUACGUAUAUGGGAUUGCUUUUUACUAGAAGGUGUAAAGGUUUUAUUUCGUUUUGCCUUGGCGAUAUUGAUUAUCAAUCGAGAAAAUAUUUUAAUACGAACUGAUACGAUUUCGAUGAUGAAACAUAUCAAAGAUUCGACGAAACAUUUAAUCGAUGUUGAAAGUCUUUUCAAAAUUGCAUUCGAAGAUUUGAAGCCGUUCUGUCAUCGGAAAGACAUUGCAAUUAAACAAGCUUAUUGGACCAAAAUGCUGACCGAUAAAGUCGUCAAACGACAAUUAUCUCGAGAAGGUUUUACCAAACAAGAUUACGUUUUUCAAGAGAUCAAUCAAUCAUCUACAACACUGGAUUGUGCUGUUGUACUUCCCGGCAAUUUAGUAUGGAUUGCUUUUGGUUCUCGGUACAGUCUGCAUCUAUUUGAAGUUAAUGUUGAACGUGGUAUUAUGAUGGAUCUGGAAACAAGUUAUAACUCACGAGCAUUUUGUAUGGCAUGUGUUAACAAUGAAUUCGUUCUAAUUGGUACGCUUUGCGGAACUUUAUUGAGUUAUUCAAUCGAUGAUCGGAGAAUACAAUGGGCUACUCGACUUCGAAGUUGUGUUCUGUGUAUGACCAGUUCAAAUAAAGUCGAUUUUAAUCGAAUUUAUUGUGGAUUGUCCGAUGGAAAUAUUGCCAUCGUUGAAUUGUAUAAUCAACGUGAACCCGAAGAAGCAUUUUGCAUAACGAUCGAUAAAUCAGCCAUAACAGCAAUUGCUUAUCAUAAUGAUAGAUUAUGGUGUUUGAGUGCCACUAAAAUGACAAUUCUCAAUGAAAAAACAUUGGAUAUUUUAUCGAGUGUUGAUUUAACCUAUGAAAGUUUAGAUCCAACAUCAUUGCUUUAUUAUGAUGAAGAUGAUCAAGAGCAUGAUUAUUUAUGGAUUUUGUUACGAUCGACAAGUAAUACGUUGCAGGUGUGGAACCAAUCAGAUCGUAAAUUACAUGGAACAAUAUGUUUGAAUCAUUUAUUUGAAAAAAUCGGUCGAAUCGAUGCACAAUCGGCCAUUCUUGAAGAAAAUUCACAGGUGGAUUCGAAUGACGAAGCCACUGGGUCGAGUAAUCUAAGUGAUCAAAUACGUAUUACUUCAUUUCUAAUUCAUAAUGAACAGCUAUGGAUUGGAACGUCAACAGGAGUCAUUUUCGUGUUCAAUUUUACAAUUCAGCCGAAAUCACUCCAAGCAUAUCCAAAUAAUAUGAAAUCAUCGUCGAGAUCAAUGAGUGUGACAAGUCCUAUGCUUAAUCAUUUAUCUCGGUCUCAUCUAUCAUCUUUACCCGAUCUUGUAAAUAAUCCGAAAAAAUCUCGGUCAAGAUCGGAUUCAGCAAUGAUCGAUCUUUUUAAAUCAUCCGAUGAUUGUUGGAAUGUCAAUCAAUUCUAUCGAAUUACGUUCGCAUCACAAACGAAAGAUCGAUCGAUUCCUAUUCAGCGACGUCGACGAAAUCAUCAUUCCACUCUGACUUGUCCAAGUACUGACCAAAAAAUCCCAUGUGAGAUUGAUUCAGGUGACACAAGUACAACGUUAACAUCAACGAAAACACGUUCAUCAAGUCCAGCAGUCAUAUCCACUGAUGAGUGGUGUAAAGAAUAUCGACAUAUACGGUUACCAUCAACGAAACAACAGAAAUCUUUAGAAGCAUCUGCAUCACUUUCAUUUAGUUUGGUGUUUAAAGCAAAAAUUGCUGAUGCACCGGUGAAAUGUAUCUGUAAAACAAAAUGUAAUGAUCAAAUUAUCAUCUUGACAUGUUCAGGCAAACUCGGCGAUGAUGAAGUUGUCUGUCGAUGGAAACAAGUCGGCAAUACGAAUCAAUGGACCAAUGAUGUAAUUGUAGAAUUAAGUACAGAAACUAUGCUACCUAUUCGGCCCCUGUAUGCUCGUCAACAAUAUUUACGAGAUCAUCGUGAUCGUUCCGUUAGCAUCUCAUCCACUACUUCCAAGCUCUGA